AUGGCUAAAAACUGGAACAUGGCUCAUGAUACAGUGCCGUUUCUUGGUUUUGUAUCUCAUUUGAAGAGGCUGAGUUUGUGUGGUCAUCUUUUCAGGGGAUUUCCCGUUGGAUGUGACAAUCUGAAGGUUCUUGAACUGUCAGAAGUCCAUUUUGAUGAAUUGGAUGAGAUCUUGGUUUUUCUUUCCCUUCUUAGAAACUCCUCAAAUUUGAAGUCAUUGAGCCUUUCAGCUUCUGGACCAUUUCAGCAAGAU